AUGCCGCCUGCAGCUGCGGGCUCCUGUCCGAGCCAGGGCGUCAGGCUGAGCCGCCGUGGGGCUCUGGGACCGGCGGGUCUGCACGGGGAAGGGCAUCUGAGUAAAAGAAAAGGAAGGAAAAUGAAAUUCCUAUUCUUAAUAGCUUUCAUCCAUCUCUUACCACAAUGCACCGGGAAACCUUUAAGCUGGGAUGAACACCAACAUUGCCACCAACACACAUUCAAAGAAAUUAAAAGAGAAAUAGCUGGGUAUUCCGAUAUUGCCAAGGCUAUUAUCAACCUUGCUGUUUAUGGCAAUGCCCAGAACAGAUCAUAUGAAAGACUGGCACGUUUCGUUGACACCAUUGGACCUAGACUCAGCGGCUCCAAAAAUCUAGAGAUGGCCAUCAAAUACAUGUUCAGUGUCCUGCAGGAGGAUAGGCUGGAAAAUGUCCACCUGGAGCCUGUAAAAGUGCCUCACUGGGAGAGGGGAGAAGAGUCUGCUAUGAUGUUGGCACCAAGGAACCACAGCAUUGUUAUAUUAGGACUUGGAAGCAGUAUUGCAACUCCUCCAGAAGGAAUUACUGCUGAAGUCCUAGUGGUCACCUCUUUUGAUGAACUGCACAAAAGAGCUCAAGACGCCAAGGGGAAGAUUGUUGUUUACAACCAGCCUUUCAUCAGUUAUGAAGAAACUGUCAAAUACAGAUUACUGGGAGCAGUUGAAGCUGGUAAAGUUGGAGCGGUGGCAUCCCUUAUCAGAUCCAUUGCUUCCUUUUCUAUUAAUAGCCCUCACACUGGGUGGCAGCAGUACCAGUCUGAUGUGCCGAAGAUUCCUACAGCUUGUAUUUCAGUGGAAGAUGCCGAAAUGAUGGCACGGAUGUCUUCCCGAGGCACCAGGAUUGUUGUGACCCUGAAGAUGGAAGCCAAGACCUAUCCUGAUACUGGUUCCUUUAACACUGUGGCAGAAAUAGUCGGGAGCAAGUACCCAGAACAGGUUGUACUGGUCAGCGGACAUCUGGACAGCUGGGAUGUUGGGCAAGGAGCCAUGGAUGAUGGUGGUGGAGCAUUUAUAUCGUGGGAAGCAUUAUCUCUUAUUAAGGAUCUUGGGCUCCGCCCCAAGAGAACUCUGCGGUUGGUGCUGUGGACUGCGGAAGAACCAGGAGGGGUGGGUGCUGAGCAGUACUACCAGUUACAUAAGGGUAACAUCUCCAACUUUGACAUCGUCAUGGAGUCUGAUUCGGGUACCUUCAUGCCGAUGGGCCUGGCUUUUACAGGCAGUGAUAAAGCUCGUGCCAUCCUGAAGGAGAUCAUGCAGCUGCUGCAGCCUAUCAAUGUUACAAACCUUUAUGAAAAUGGUGGUGAAACAGACACUGAAUAUUGGGUGAGAGAUGGAGUACCAGGUGCCAGCUUGCGUGAUGACAUCAGUAAAUACUUCUGGUUUCAUCAUACUCAAGGGGACACAAUGACAGUUCAGGAUCCAAGCCAGAUGAAUCUCUGUGCUGCUGUUUGGACUGUCGUCUCCUAUGUAAUUGCUGACAUGGAAGAGAUGUUGCCAAGGUAA